AUGACCUGGAUCGAAGAAGAUAGCAAUAAUAUUAUUACAAAGCUUUGCACUCUGUGGCAUGAGAUCCAAAUCAAGAUGAGAAUGUAUUGGUACCGACUGUCACUCUUUUCACCAGCAGGACCACGCAGACUGAAACGGGGAAUCAGUCAAAGCAUUCCUUAUUGGAAAUCACAGGCUGAUGAGGCUCUUGCUGGUUGCGACGAUCCAUCCUUUCUGCUGCGAUCGACCGCCAAAAAAACUGGUCCGUCGGCACUGUUCCCAUGGCGUCAUGAAUCGGAUCUUCCAGAUCGGUUGCUGGCGAGACAACGGGCCCACAAUCACCGCAUUCUGAGCUAUGAAAAUUCCACUUUUGCCAUCAGCGCGCUGACUGCAAGAUUGUAUCUCAACGUUCCGCUGUGGAGAAUGUUGGCCAGUGGAUGGGGUCAGGAUCUGGCUGACAACUGUUCAUGGGCAUUCUAUCAAGCAGUCCAAGACGUGAUACAUGGUGUAUAUGGAGGUUCGGCAAACUGCAAUAGCGAUCAGGAUUCAGCUCUCGAGUUUGAGUACACCCACCAAUCAGCGGCGGAUCACAAUAUCCAUAGCAAUAAUAUUGAAGACGAUUCAGAGUCCCAGAAGCUCAUGGAACCAAACCUCUACAACUUGUAUUCAGAGGCCAAAAAGAGUGGUCAAAACCAGAUACAGGUAUAUCUGCGGACCAAGCCGACUCGUGCACAGCUGCAUUCCCUCCAUGCACUGCCGGCAUUGAACCGCUCCAUGGCUAAAAAACACCCACUCUUGCUUCGAGAAAUUGAGCAAGCACAAUCAAACAGCAGCACUGUCAGUACAGUGAAUAUGAAACAAAUGGAUCGAAUUGUAAAGGAGACCGGAACGCUGCAAACUACCGUGUUUGCCGAAGUUUUGGUCUGGUGUGACGAGGUGUUCCGUGUCACGAAUCUAGAGACUGGGGCGCUGCUGCAAGGCUAUGACGAUGGCAAGGAACGAGAGGUGGUUCAUGGUGUGCGGCUCGAGAUUGUCUCAACUGUAGUCCCAAGGAAGGGCAAGGCGAAUUGGAUCAUUACCGACAUUGACGACUUGCUGUUAGGGAAUACAUGGUACAGUCCAAGCGGCGCCCCUUGGUACCAUUCGGGCUAG